AUGGCCGUGUGGGGCUGGCUGUCGCUUGCGGUGUGCCAGGUUGAAGCAGCUUCCGCUAUCCCAGUGGUGCAUCGUAGCCAAGGGCCGGAGGCUGCGGGAUCGAUGCUCGCUUCCGUCGGAGCAGUGCUGAUCAAAGGUGAGGUUCCAACAUCCAAGGAGUUUGAGAACCUGGCGAUGUCAGCUUGGCAGGCAGCUGGCCAUCCUGGCUUGGGGCUUGGAAACUACAACAAGGUCGGCACCGUGCAAAGGCCAAUGCUGAGCGAGGGAAUCUACGAUGUGGCAGCUGGUGCACCUGCGCAUUUGCCAGUGUCACCACACAGUGAGCAGGCGUACCUGUACCAGGUUCCCCGCUUUUGCGGCUUUGUUUGCAUGAGGGCUGCUGACACUGGUGGUGAGUUACAGCUGUUUGACAAUGUGUUGCUUGGCACGGAGCUGCGAAACCUGACCGACAAGCUGGCGAAGCUUGGAUUGACAUAUUUCCGGGUGAUGGGGGACCAGGUCCAUUCAGCAAACUGGAGCUAUGCCACCGGAAUGUGGCAGGAUAGGUUCGGGACAACAAGCUGGCCAGAGGCAAAGCGCCUUGCAAGUUUGGACGAGAUGAUGGGGGGUAAACCAGGGGCUGAAUUGGGCCCCUGGUUGCAGGGCACGGUUAUCCUGAACUGGACGGUGCCAGCAGUGACGUGGAUAAACAUGACAUCAAACUCUCACGAAAAGACGAAGCCGGCAAAAGCCGUUCUUCAGUCCAUCCUCGAUAGCCACAAAUCUGUGAACUACGGAACUGGAAUUCCGGCGUUGCACUCGACUUGGGGGGAUGGCAGCGAGUUCGAGGAGUGGGAGCUCGCUGCCUUUCGGGCUGCGGUUACCCGGUCCCUCUGGGUUUCGGUGAAGCUUGAGGAAGGAGAUGUUGUGGUCGUGGACAACUGGCAUUAUGCGCACGGAAGGCUUCCCUACGAAGGGCCGCGGAAACAUGCUGCUUUGAUCAGUGACCGCUUCCCUCGACAAGUGCAGCAACAGCAAGAGGCGUGCGUUUGA